GGCCAUAGUGUAAUUUUCCUGUAAACCCAAUCCUAAUCACUGAGCCCAUCUAAACGCCCUAAUUCAUGUAUAUUCCCCUUCUCCUCUUUCUGUAGAUUAUCCGGCCGUCUCUGCAAGCGUCAUCACUUUGCUCUGCAGCCCAUCUCCGGUGGUCUCCGGUGAACCGACGUCACAUAAUAUUGGCCAGCUCUUUUUCUUGUGAGCUUAGAAAUGGUGAGACCUUAUGGUGUUAAAGGAAGGAAGCGAAAGAAGAAUCGUGAAGUGUACGAUAAAGAAGAAGAAGAAGAAGUACAUGAGGAAGGAAAUGAGGUUGUGGAUGAUGAAGAAAACGUGGCAAAGAGAAGUAAGGCAGAAGAAGAUGAAGAUGAGGCGAAAGCUCAGCAUGUUGCUGAUGAACUUUCUGGUAUUCCGAUUGGCCCAUUGGUCGAGGAUGAUAAGAAGAAUGGUGUUAUUUUUAUUCUUGAAAGGGCUUCUUUGGAAGUUGCUAAAGUUGGCAAGACUUAUCAGUUACUCAACUCAGAUGAACAUGCUAAUUUUCUAAAGAGAAAUAACAAAAACCCUGCUGAUUAUAGGCCUGACAUUGCUCAUCAGGCUAUGCUAAUGAUUUUAGAUAGCACACUGAAUAAGGCUGGGAAGUUGAAGGCGCUAUAUGUGAGAACUGAGAAAGGUGUUCUUUUUGAAGUUAAACCACAUGUUCGUAUACCAAGGACGUAUAAGCGUUUCUCGGGGAUCAUCUUACAGUUGCUGCAGAAACUUAGUAUAUCUGCUGUGGGCAAGCGUGAAAAGCUUCUGCGUGUCGUCAAGAACCCUGUAACCCAAUAUUUGCCUGUGAACUCUCGCAGAAUAGGUUUCUCGCAUAGUUCAGAAAAGUUGGUUGACAUUGGUGACUAUGUUAAUGCCGUUAGCAAUGAUGUGAACCUUGUCUUUGUGGUUGGUGCAAUGGCCCAUGGGAAAAUUGAAAAGGAGUUUGUAGACGAUUUUAUAUCAAUUUCUGGCUACCCAUUGAGUGCGGCAUAUUGUAUAUCAAAGAUCACAAAUGCUUUGGAACGGAAAUGGAAAAUCUUGUAACUCAUUGAUUCAAGAGUCUUGAAGUUUUGCCAAGAUAUAAGAAGUGCCACACACACACUCUAUAUAUCCAUUAAAUUUUAGUUUAUUGUGUAUUUUGGCAUCUGGAUAUUCUGCUGUUGUUUGCAAUGAGUAAUAUGCCCUUUCCAUCCCCAA